AUGCCCGCCACUGCGCCCCGACCCCCGUUCCUACCGAAGGACCCCACUGAAUUCGUGCAGCAUGUAACCAGUCAUUCUGCUGAAUGGUUCGAAUACUGCAGCCAAGCAGAUCAAUAUAUCGCCGCGGCCGAGACGACCCUUCUUUCGUGGGAGACGGGCAAGGAAGCCCUCCAGAUCCAGGCUCUACAACAAGAGAACGAGCACCUCCAUGACAAGUGCGCCCGUCUGCGCGACGUGAUAUCCCGCCGGGAUGCAGUUAUACAGUACCAGAAGGAGCAAGCCAAGGAAAAAGACAUUGAGUUCUUGAAACUAGCCAAAGAGAAACCCCAGGAACCCCAGCCAGCAAUGCCUAUAACUGGUAUAUCAGAUGGACAACCCAAACCUGGCUCACCCACACAAACUCAGGUGUUUCACCAGCUCUCCGAGCGCCUGCCUGACCCGGAUUGGUUUGAGGGAGACCGGAAGGACCUCCGCCGCUUUAUCUCCCAGAUCCAUGAGAAGAUGAAUAUAAACCGUGACUGUUUCCCGACCCCACAGAGUAGGAUGACAUAUGUCAACAAUCGUCUAAAAGGAGCCCCGUAUGCCCAAAUCUUGCCCUAUGUCAAGAAAGGAAUCUGCCAGCUGAAGGACUACGAGGACAUCCUGGAUAUACUAGAUCGGGCCUUUGGAGACCCAAACCGUGUUAACAAUGCCCGCAACGAGCUGUUCCGCUUCCGGCAGAAUAAUAAAGAGUUUGGCCUGUUCUUCGCCGAAUUCCAACGUCUUGCCCUAGAGGGAGAGAUGCCUGAGGAGACCCUAUCUAUACUUCUGGAACAAUCAAUAAAUCGAGAGCUUAAAGGGAUGCUUAUGCAUAAUCAACCACCUACCCAAGAUUACCAUGAUGAAUUUGAUUUGCUAAGUUCUUACAGGAACUUGAGAACCGCCGCCGGCAUUAUGAAAUCAACCUGCAAUCAGCCAGCAGAAACUACCCUGCAAUUACUAGAACUGCUACUAAGAACCCAGCCCCACAACGCACACAGCCUGAUGUACAUAAUGAUGCCAUGGAUCUGUCAUCUAUCCGCCAACAUAACCCUACACGUCGCGAGCAGGGAGAAUGCUUCCACUGUGGAUCCCCAGAACAUAUGGUCAGGAACUGCCCACACCCUGAUAACCGCCCUCUUAGCAAUCCGCUCUGCCUACCCAGCAUCCAACAUAACCCCAUCAAUUAAAUCUGAGUCUACCGCUGUCUCCGAAGGCUCCCGCUCUCCAUCACCUGGAUUCUCGGAAAAAGGGCAAGAGAAGAGCCUGUCCAGCUACGCAAUGCUAGAUACUGGAGCUGACGGGAAGAGGUUUAUUGACCAAGAAUGGGCAGAAGACAACCACCUUGAGCUGCUGCCCCUGAAAAACCCAAUCCACUUGGAAAGCUUUGACGGGAGAGAAUCCGAAGGAGGGCCGAUAACCCACUAUGUUAGAAUAAACCUGACAAUCCAUGACCAUCAUGAAAAGAAGGCUUGUUUCUUGGCUACACAACUAGCCCAUUACCCAAUAAUCCUUGGAAUGCCAUGGUUAGAGACUCAUGACCCCCGCUGGGGGUUUGCAGAGCACACCUUAAUAUUUGACAGUGCCUAUUGUCGACAGAAUUGCAAUAUACCUGCCCAACCAGCCAAGAUCAAGGCCCUGCGUGACGUGCCUGCCCGAAGCUGCCAGAAGAACCUGACUUCCUGUCCCAAAGGAUUGGAGAAACAAGAUAUUGCCCUAGUCUCCCUCCGCGCCUGCUCAGCUUACGCCCGUAGGGGCCAUGCCCUGUUUACAGCCACUAUUGGGAAUAUUGACGAGGUAUUGGCUAAGAGGUCAGGGGAUGGUAACCCUGAAGACCUACUACUACCAGAAUACAAAGACUAUGCAGAUAUCUUCUCCCCUAAGGAAGCUGAUAAGCUGCCCCCACAUCAGCCAUAUGACUAUUUAAUAACUCUAAUAGAUGGAAAGACCCCACCAUUUGGCCCAUUAUAUGGAAUGUCCCGGGAUGAACUAGUUGCACUACAGGAGUGGAUUAUGGAGAAUCUGAGGAAAGGCUUUAUUCGCCCAAGCUCGUCGCCAACAGCCUCACCUGUCCUAUUUGUUAAAAAACCCGGCGGAGGUCUAUGCUUCUGCGUGGACUACCAAGCUCUGAACGUGAUUUUGGUUAAGGACCAAUACCCUCUGCCACUUGUCAAGGAGACCCUGAAUAAUCUAAAAGGGAUGAGGUACUUUACUAAGAUUGACAUUAUUUCCGCAUUUAAUAACAUACGGAUCAAGAAGGGACAGGAAUAUCUGACCGCGUUCCGCACCUGCCUGGGGCUGUAUGAAUCCUUAGUUAUGCCCUUUGGCCUUACCGGCGCUCCAGCAACAUUCCAGCACUAUAUAAAUGACACCCUGCGAGACUAUCUGGACAUCUUCUGUACUGCUUACCUUGACAACAUCCUGAUCUACAGUCAAACCAGGUCUGAACAUAUUCAGCAUGUCCGAAAAGUCCUCCAAAAGCUUAGAGAAGCUGGCUUGUUUGCAAAGCUAGUGAAGUAUGAAUUUACUGUUCAUGAGACCAAGUUCCUGGGCCUGAUAGUGGCUAGAGAUAGAAUCAAGAUAGACCCUGAGAAGGUUCAAACCAUUGCAGCCUGGGCCACGCCAACCUGCAUUACAGAUAUACAGGCAUUUAUUAGGUUCGCCAACUUCUACCGGAGAUUCAUUAAGGAUUUCUCAAAGAUCAUUGCCCCGCUAGUUAACCUGACUAAGAAGGAUGUCGAGUUUCAAUGGACCCCAACCUGCCAGCUGGCCAUGGACGCCCUGAAGAAGGCCUUUACCAGCGCCCCUGUUUUGAAGCCAUUCGACUGGACCCAAGAUAUCAUUCUUGAAACUGAUGCUUCUGACUUUGUCUCUGCUGGUGUCCUGUCCCAGUAUGAUGAUAAUGGCGUCUUACACCCUGUGGCCUUCUUCUCUAAGAAGCACUCUGCCACAGAAUGCAACUAUGAAAUCUAUGACAAGGAACUUCUAGCAAUUAUCCGCUGCUUUGAGGAAUAG